GGAAUGGCGCCCCGGUGCCAGGCUUUCGCGGCCUGGUCGCACCUCGCACGCAACGCUCCAUGAUGCCGCUACCAUUUCCAGGUUGGGUACAAUGCCGUCCGCCGAUGGCUUCACCUGCGUCGCAGUGCCAGGCGGCCCCAUCGGCGCGUUCAAACUCACCGCCGAAAGCCGAAUGCUGGACUGUCUGUCCACGAUAAAGGACCAGACCAUGGAUAGGCACUGCCACUUCUUUGCUAGCAUCGGCGAGUGCCAACGCGCGUCCGCGUCGUCGUUCAAGGUCAACGACGUCGACGACGAUUACUCCAACCCCAACAAGUACUGGACCAAAGCGCGGGCGAUGUUGAUGAACCAGCCUCCUGCGACAUCGGCGCCAACGACAUCAUCACCACCACCACCAGUGACGACCGCGCCUUCCACCACGCAGCACCCGCCGCCGCCGUCGCCGCCGCCACCACCCUCGACGACACCGCCCCCACCAGACACGACCACCCCGACAACGUCACCACCACCACCACUUCCACCCCCCAUCUCGACUAGCUCCCCUCCAACCACAAGUGCAACAUCAUUACCAUCAACACCGCCGCCACCGCUGCCACCACCACCUCCCGCCAUUCGCUUUGAAACCAUCACCCCCGACUGGUCGUGCCAGCUCCACCAAGACAAGAACCUGUACGCCGCCGCGCAUGUCGUCAACAACACGUACGAGUGCUUGAGCGUGGGCGAAGGCGGGUGCCACUACUCCCAGACCAAUGCCGAAUGUGCGCUGUGGCUGCAAAGCGAAAACAAGUGCUGGGUCACGGGCAACUGCACGUCCACAAUUCGCAUCAAAAUCCUCGGCCCAGUUCACCUUCCUUCGACCGAGCGCCACCCCCACCCCCCCCCAACCUCGUCCCCCCCGGACCCUUCGUCCAACGACGUGACCGUGGUCCUCCUUGCAGCUAUCGGACUUGGGCUUAUGCUGGUCGUGUUUUUAUUCUGGCGCCGCCGCCAGCACCUGCUCCACCACGCCACCGCAGCGUCGUCUUCCCACUUUGACUGGACCGGUACGACCAAGGCCAAACAUACGAACAAGCAGCAACUGGUGCCAUAUCAGCCGGAAGCGGGGCUUCUGCUGCUGCCGACCCGCGCCCGGACCGCCACCACGUUUAUCCAAAGCGACAACGACGACGGGCUAGCCAAUCAUAACCUCCAAGAAGAUGAAGUAGCGCUGGCGCCGCUGGACAUGGGCAACCUCGCGCUGUGGCAACUGGAUGAGGCGGACUUGGUCAUAAAUAAAGCGCUCCACGUUGGUACCCGCGCCGUUGUGAGCCUCGCUACCCUCAAGCACCAGACUGUCGUCGUCAAGAGUUUGAACGCGGCCAACGCCACUGACCGCCGCGCCAUGCAAGUGUUUGUCAAUGGCAUGCAAUGCCUCAGCACACUCGAAUCUCCGUACAUUGUGACCAUGAUCGGAUGCUGCUGGAGCGGCGGUGGCGGGCCGCUCAACGUGAUGCUUGUGCUCGAGUACAUGGCGUGGGGGGACCUCCGGUCGUACUUAGGCUCAGUGGGCGCCAUCUCGUGGCAAAUUAAACGCAACUGGGCGCAUGCGAUAUCCCAGGGACUGGUCUACUUGCACUCGAUGGACGUGGUGCAUCGAGCGAUCGACGCGGCCAACGUCCUCCUUGACUCGCACUUGCACCCCAAACUCACCAACGUGACUGCCACGUCAUCGUCAUCGACGUAUACGGACAUGGCGACACUGGCCCCAGAGGUGCUCGAAGAUGCCGCGGCCGUGUCCGAGGCGUCCGACGUGUAUGCAAUCGGGAUGCUGCUUGUAGAACUGGACGCCCAACAGCCCUUUGACAUGACGGGCAUCAACAUGGACGAUAUCGACGGCACGUGGCACGACCGGAAGGUCGCCGCGGUGGCUCAGUCGUUUUCCGCCAAGUGUCCUCCCGACGUCCAGCAGCUGGCACUCCGGUGUGUGGCGGCAGAGCCACAGGACAGACCCAAUGUGUUGGAGGUCGCUUCGGCACUGGACCCGUACGACCUUGCCAGCGGCAGUCGUCGGUCGUAGACGACAUAUAGCCAGGAGGAUGUGGGGAUUGAUGUGACGUGCGUUGAGGAUAAUUUUGGACAAAUAUGUGAUUUACAAC